AUGGGACGAGCCCAGGCCUUGGACGCCUUCUUGGAAUGUACCCUUCGCACAGUGUCUCUGGAAGACGUACAGCUUGCUGCAGUCUCGUACGAAUGGGGGGACACUCGCAAGACUGAACCAAUUGCCCUCAAUGGCCACCUUGUCUGGGUUGGCCAAAAUGCACACGCUGCUCUCCGCCACAUCAGACAAGCCAACACCAGUCAACUCGUACGACUCAUGGGCAACAUCUACUCGAAGGCUCAGCCGGUGUAUCUUUGGACGGGUGGACAGGACGAGCAUACGACGACAUUCUGGAGAGUUGCAAAGAAGCUGAGAUUCCUGAAAGACCCCAAUGUAAACUUAGCGGAUCUGGAUUCAGAGGACGGUAUGUUCCUUAGAAAUCUCGACGACGAACGGUGGAAGUCAAUUGCCAGAGUCCUCCGCCGGAGCUUCUGGCGAAGGAUCUGGAUUUUGCAGGAAAUUGUACUGGCGGCGGCUCGCGAGCAGGGAGUCGUCCUGUUCGGACAGUACCAUAUGCCUUAUGCCGUUUUCCUGAAAGCUGUCCGGAUGCUGCGCCAGGUCGGCUCAUUCAUCUCGAUGCUCUAUCCUUCCGAUCAGACACCUGGAGCGGUGCAAGCCCUAGAAGAUGGAGCGAUCUUCCGGCAGCAUGUGAUAGCACUGCGUGAGUACAAAGAAGGCAAGAGUUGUAGCCUCGAUAUUUUGGGUGCCAACAGGUACAUGCACGCAACAAAUCCGAAGGAUCGGGUUUAUGGUCUCCUGGCACUGAUGCGUAUACCCGACAUCGUCCCCGAUUACGAAAGACCUCUUGAAGACAUAUAUCGAGACAUCACAAUCCGCUUGAUCAAGCACGAUGUAUCAAUGGAUCACAUAGGACGAGGAAGCGGUACUGCUAUCUCGAACGCCAACAUGUCGUCCUGGGCGAUCGACUGGAGCAGCAUCGGACAGGUCAAGAAUCUGUAUGACGAUGUAUUGUCACUCGUUCAUUUGGAUGGCUUCUACGAUGCGUGCGGCGAUGCUCAACCCCUCAUUAGAAGGGACGGACGAUAUCUGACUGUUCGUGGCCUUAGGCUCUUCACAAUUGGUCCACUGAAGCAGUUCACCUGCGCUCGGGGGAGAGGCGAUGCAUUAUGCAAUCUAGCUGAGGUCCAGAAGUGGAUGCUGGAGCAGCUCCGAUGCCGCUCUACGAGGCCCGAAGAGGAAUUCAACGAUUCUUUUCGGCGAGCUCUACUUCUCGACAUUGCAUUCGGCUCAGAAGGGAAUCGUCGAGUCCGCAUCGGUCCGUUAGCCAACCUUGCGAGCGUCAAAUUGCAAGCUCCAGCAGAGAACUACGAAGCCUUCUGGGACCUCAUUGACCAGGCCGCUGCUGGACACGAACCCACUGAGGAAGAUAGGGACGAGUGCGCGAGCGGGGUCAUGCGAAUGGCGUCCCAUCUUCCAGACACGAAGCUCUCGGUCGGUCCGGGCGGCGAGAUCUGUCUCCUUCCUCCAACUGCCCAAGAGGGCGAUCUCAUCUACAUUGUUGCUGGCUGCUCUGUACCAUUCGUCCUGCGACUCCUCCCAAUCCGACCAAGGCAGUACUUCAUGAUUGGAUCGGCCUACGUGCACGGAAAGAUGGACGGCGAAGCUGUGACUGCUGCUUCGAGUAUCACCAUUAAUGAUGAAGUCCGGGACGAAGACUGGCCUUUUGAACGAAUCGUGCUUGUGUAG